UGCACAUACAAAACAGUUUUACAGGUAGACACAUCGAAGCAGAUUGCCAGAACAUGGCAGCAGUGAAAGCAUGCAAUAUCUUGAUCACUGGAGCCAACCGGGGCUUGGGCUUAGAAACUGUUAAACAACUCACAGAGGAUUCUUGUCCAAAACGUCAUAUUUUUGCUACCUGCCGUGACCCAGAUGGGCCAAGGUCUGAGGCAUUGAGAGAACUGGCAAAAAAGCAUCCAAGUGUGAUCACUAUCAUACGUCUUGAUGCUAAUGAUCCAUGCAGUAUCAAAGAGUCUGCAAAGGAAGUGGGGUCUCUACUGGGAAACAAUGGUUUGAACCUGCUUGUGAAUAAUGCUGGCAUUGUGGCAAAUGGCACCAUUCAGACCAGCAGUGCCGAAGACAUGAAAAACACCUUCAACACCAACGUGAUAGGACCCUUAUUAAUCAUUAAGGAGUACCUACCAUAUCUACAAACAGCGGCCAAAGCCAGCGGGACACCAGGCAUGUCCUCUAAUAAAGCAGCUGUCAUCAACAUCUCCACUUUGGGGGGAUCCAUGAGCACAAUGCCUUCCUUAUAUAAACAAUUCCCAGUGUUGCCAUAUUGUGUUAGCAAGGCAGGUUUUAACAUGCUGACUGUGUUAUCUGCUGAAGAGUUAAAGGCGGAUGAGAUCCUCUGCAUGGCCCUUCACCCAGGAUGGGUGAAAACUGAAAUGGGUGGAGAAAAAGCACCACUUGAACCAAAAGAAAGUGUGGAGGGGAUGCUGCGUGUCAUUGGCAGCCUCACUGAGGAGCAGCACGGAGGAUUCUUGGACUACACUGGAAAACCAAUUCCCUGGUAAACCAGGAAAACAACGUCACUUCUAUACGAGAGGUCAUGAAAGGGCCAGUCCUGGUCUAAUCUGCCCUGUUUAUUCUAUUAAUUAUAAAAUGGCACAAUUAAUCAUAAGAACUUAACCCCAUACAAUUAUGACAUACAUAUAACAACUUUGUAUCAAAUGUAAUUUUAUACAAUAAAACAAUUAAUUAAGGAAUAAA